AUGCUAACCGGACUUCGUUUUACAUCAAUUUGUUAUAAAGUAUCUGCAAUUGUGAGCAAUGUCCGUGGUUCCAUUGCAAAAUGUGAAAAUAUCUAUCGUGUUGCAAGCCUAAAUUGUCUCUACACUCCGCUUGAUCAGCGAAAUUAUACGACAGCCUUGACGAGACAUGAAUUUAAUAUUUUAAGAAAAGCAGCAACAGGAGGUCGUGGACGACGUGGUACAAGAGUUAAGAAGAAGGCGGUUGAUUUCAAUGCUGCAGUGGAUAAGUUUAAAUGGCCGGGCUAUAAUGCUCCUUUAGAAAGUACUAAAUUGGGAAAACGUACGAGUCUCUCAUCUACUGAGGAACACCAGGAAGAUCAGCCAUCGUUCAGUCCUAGAGUAGAUAAUUAUAGGUCGACGCUAAAGAAGGAUUUGGGUAGAGGAUGGACAGGUUUCGGGUGGGGCGGUCGCAGUCUUGGCUCGCCUGCAGCACCAGACGGAACUAUUUUGGAUGAAUUUUAUUCGACGUGCAUCGAGCUGAGGAGAGUUACAAAUCAGACGUCUGGGGGAAAACGAUCUAGAAUGAGAGCAUUAGUAAUUGUUGGCAAUAAAAAUGGAGCAAUUGGCUAUGCUUUCGGUAAAGGACAGGAUGUUAGAACUGCUCUCAGAAAGGCUAAGAACAGGGCUGUAAAUUAUUUAUGUCACGUCGAUAGAUGUGACGGACAUACAAUUUUUCAUGAUAUUAAAACAAAGUAUAAGAAGACGCAUGUUAAAAUGGAAAAGCGAUCAAAAGGUGAAGGGUUACGGUGUCAUAGGGCAAUUACUUCAAUUUGUGAAUUAGCGGGUAUAGCCGAUUUAAGAGCGAAAGUAAUUGGUUCGACAAAUCCUGGCAAUAUCAUCCAUGCGGCUUUUAAAGCUUUACAAUGUCAGGAAACCUUUCAGCAACUUUCGGAUAGGACGAACUUGAAAGUUGUCGAAUUUCGCCCUGAGAAUGGUUAUAGGCCCGUAGUUGUUGCAUCACCAAGUUCAGGAGUUGCACUAAAGUCAAAGAAGAGUAGGAUUAUUGCUCCCCAUCAUCUUGAAAUGGAUAAUAUCUAG